UGUUCCACUUCCUCAAAGUGUAAACAUUGGCAAAAGCAGGGGAGUGUUAAGUUACACGGCAAGUCAUGGACGAAAGAUUGUGUGUUAAAUUAUCUCCGUAGCACAAUGUGUCGCUUUGUACUUUGAGCUGCGGUGCGUAUGUGAGCGGAAAACAGCAGGAACGAAGAAGCUCUAAGGUUUGUAUGCUGUGUGGGAAUGGGUUCCCUCCCUCGCUGGUCCAAAUGGAGAAUAAAGGGAGCGACGAGGUGGAAAAAUUGAAGACAAAGUUCUUGUCAGUGUGGCACAAUGUGAAGUACAGUUGGGCUCUCAAAUCAAAGACAUCAUUCAGUAGAAAUUCUCCGGUGCUGCUCCUGGGAAAGUGUUACCAUUUUAAGGCUAAAGAUGAUGACAGUCUUCCUGAGGCCUGCUAUGAAGCGUCUGAUGAGGACUUUGUUAUGGGGGAUGUGGAAGCUUUCCGGAAGGAUUUUGCGUCCCGUUUGUGGCUGACCUACAGGGAAGAGUUCCCUCCUCUGCCAGGCAGCAUCCUGACCUCCGACUGCGGCUGGGGCUGUAUGCUGAGGGCCGGACAGAUGAUGGUGGCUCAGGCACUCACGCUGCACUUCUUGGGCAGAGACUGGACCUGGUCAGAGGCGUUGACACUCCAGCCUUUAGACACAGAGACGUGGACCACCACUGCAGCCAAGCGUCUGGUGACCUCUCUGGAAGCUUCUCUGAAAAGUUCCCCCGGUCCCUCCGAUCAGGGUUCAUCAUCACCGCCGCCCCAGACACAGGCUUCUGGAUCUGCAGAGGAGGCAGACGUACAUUUGAAGGAGAUGUACCACCGCACUCUGGUGUCUUGGUUUGGGGACAGCCCCUCGGCUCAGCUGGGCCUCCACAGGCUUGUCCACAUGGGCCUGACAAUGGGAAAACAGGCUGGGGACUGGUACGGACCGGCUAUGGUGGCACACAUCCUCAAGAAAGCUGUCGAGGAGGCGAUGGACCCUGGCUUGGCGGGUAUAACUGCCUAUGUCUCCCAGGACUGCACAGUGUACAGUGCUGAUGUCGUCGAUUGCCACAGGGCACCGAGAGCAGGGCAGAUCUCCAAUGAGACAUCAGACGCCCCUCCUCUACCACAGAACGACCAACCAGCGUCUGCUUCCACCUCGCCAGACGACCGAGCCGUCAUCAUCCUCAUCCCUGUGAGGCUGGGAGGGGAGAAGACGAACCCCGAGUACUUUGACUUUGCAAAGGGAAUACUGAGCCUGGAGUACUGCAUAGGCAUCAUCGGAGGGAAGCCCAAACAGGCCUGCUACUUUGUGGGAUUUCAAGAUGACAGCUUGAUUUACAUGGACCCUCAUUACUGUCAGUCUUUUGUGGAUGUCAGCACCAGCGAUUUCCCUCUCCAGUCGUAUCAUUGCCCCUCACCGAAGAAGAUGCCUUUCAGCAAGAUGGACCCAAGCUGCACCAUUGGUUUCUAUUCCAGAAGUGUUCAAGACUAUGAGAGAAUCACACAGGAGCUGUCUAAGGUGCUGCAGCCAUCAGCGAAGGAGAAAUACCCCGCGUUCACUUUCGUACAAGGUCACUGCAGAGAUUACGACCUGUCGGCAGGCCUGACCCCGGAGAAGAAAGAAUGGCCCUUCAUCUGUGACCCGCGAAGAACGGUCACCACCACCGGCGACUUUGUGCUACUUUGACAGCCCUGUUUAAAAGUCCUGACUGGCAACGUCCACUUUUAAUAAAUCCGACUGCUCGACAUCCAGAGCUUCAUGUAAGGAGA